UGGUACUGUUUCCACAGCUUCACUGCUUCCACGACUCAUUUCUCUACCACUGUAAUUUCUUUGUAUAUGAAAGAAAAUGUCAGAGAGAGAGGGACUGAGUGCGAACACGACCCACUUUACUUUAGAGGGAGUACCGUUUAGGAUCCUGGGCGGUUCGAUCCACUACUUUCGGGUCCCAAGGGCUCACUGGAGAGACCGGCUACUAAAACUCAAGGCCUGUGGUCUCAACACACUCACCACGUAUGUGCCGUGGAAUCUGCAUGAACCUGAAAGAGGAGUUUAUGUGUUUCACGAGGAGCUGGAUUUGGAGGCAUACAUUCGCCUAGCAGAUGAAUUAGACCUGUGUGUUAUUCUUCGUCCAGGGCCGUACAUAUGUGCCGAGUGGGAUCUGGGUGGUUUACCAAGCUGGCUACUUCAAGAUAAACAAAUGAAACUGAGAACGACCUACUCCGGUUUCACAACUGCCAUUAAUUCAUAUUUUGAUAAACUCAUUCCAAAAAUCGUCCCACUACAGUUUAAAAGAGGGGGUCCUGUUAUUGCUCUUCAAGUGGAGAAUGAAUAUGGUUCAUAUGCAAAAGAUGACCAGUAUCUGUCGUUCAUCAAAGAGGCAUUACUGUCCCGGGGCAUUUCAGAACUUCUUCUGACUUCAGAUAACCGGGAAGGGUUGAAGUGUGGAGGGGUUGAUGGAGUCUUGCAGGCAGUCAACCUACAGAAUUUGUCUUACGGUGAUGUACAGCAUCUUGCAGAAUUGCAGCCACAGAAGCCGUUGCUGGUAAUGGAGUAUUGGUCAGGCUGGUUUGAUGUUUGGGGUGAACCUCAUCAUGUUUUUGAUGCACAAGAAAUGAUCUCCACAGUGCGGGAGCUUCUGGAUCGUGGUGUGUCCAUCAAUUUCUACAUGUUUCAUGGUGGAACCAGCUUUGGAUUCAUGAAUGGAGCGAUUGACUUUGGCACCUACAAACCACAGACGAGCAGCUACGAUUAUGAUGCUCCAUUAACUGAGAGCGGCGAUUACACAGUCAAAUAUCAUCUCUUGAGGAACCUGCUGAGCACCUACAACAAAGAGCUGUUAUUAGAUCCACCGUCUGUUCAGAGCAGGAGAGCGUUUGAGCCUGUGGUUGUUACACAUUACAUUUCUCUAUGGCAGAGUCUUCAAUGUGUGGAAACACUUAUCAGAGCUGAUGAUCCCCUCAACAUGGAGAAUCUUCCAGCAAAUGGCAACAAUGGUCAGUUUUAUGGCUACACGCUCUAUGAGACUGACAUAUAUACAGGUGGAGAACUCAACUCCAGGAAUCAUGUCCGAGACAGAUCUCUUGUGUUUCUUGACAGGGAACCCAUUGGUGUUUUGGACUAUAGGACUCAGAAGAUUAGAAUAUCCCAUAUUAAGGGUGAGAUGACCUUGGGUUUGCUCGUUGAGAACUGUGGGAGAGUUAACUACGGUCCAGGCCUGGACCACCAAAGAAAGGGGCUUGUUGGAGAUAUAACCUUGAACGAUGUACCUCUAAAGCAAUUCACCAUGUACUGCUUGGAAAUGAAGCCCAGUUUCAUAAACAGACUGGAGUCACUGAAAUGGGUGUCUGUUGGUAAGAAGCCCUCGUACCCAGCGUUUUUUAGAGGAAGUCUGAUUGUGGAUGAACCCACUGAUACUUUUGUGAAGCUACCAAACUGGAGCAAAGGAGUGGUUUUUGUGAAUGGGCGAAAUCUCGGACGCCACUGGUCAGUUGGUCCUCAGAAAGCUCUCUAUCUCCCUGGUCCCUGGCUCAGAAGUGGAGAUAAUCAGAUUGUUGUUUUUGAGGAGUUCAAAGCUGAUGAAUCAAUCCAUUUAUCUGAAAAUCCAGGACAUGGAAAGAUAAUCGACGUAUCCAGACAUCCUUUCUGCACCCUCAUGUGAUAAAGUCUUGCAGUUUUACAUUAAAUAUGACUUAAGCAUUAUAUUCCAGCACACAUAUAUUUUAUAUGAUGAGACUGAUAAAUAUUCAAGUGAUUAAGAGAAUAAAAGAGAGAAAAGACAGAGAUAACCGUUACUAAUGUAUAGGUUUAACAUUAAGUCCUGAAAACACCUCAUUUCUGGCUUCCCUAAGUAGUACGAGUAGCCAGUGGGUAAGUUGAUUCACCCACUGUAUAUCAGCGACUGAACACUUUUGCUCUCAUUUAACCACAUUUUGGAAUCGUUAUUUUGGUGAAAAUGUGAAGCACAUGGGAGAAUAAGAGAACAUAAAUUUUCUUUGAAAGCUGUUUUUUGCUGGUCAGAGUAACAUUUUUGCAUAUCAGCUUUGAUGGUUGGUACAUCUCAGCAAAUGUAUGUAUGAAAUUUGGUCAUUUUAUCUUAACAUUAGUAUUUGUAAGGGAAAUAAUGAUUGAAUUACUUUUCUAGAAGGUAAAUCUUAAAAACAUGGUCUUUAUUCAAAUUCAGAUGCAUGCUCAGUAUCCAUAUGGUUCAUCUUACACAUGUCUAGCAUCAACUAGCCCCGAUCAUGGGGGAAACUUAUCCACAGGAGCAUUUUUUUAAAAGAAGCCAUAUUUUUAAAACCCUAUGGCAUAGAUGUGUUCUUAUAAUUUAGAUUGAUAGGAAACAUCCUGAAAUUAAAAAAAAUACUUUGAUUGCACUUAUGCCUCAUCUUGUUUCCCCUUGAGGACCACAUAAGUAGAAAACGGCUCAUCUUACCCCACUCUCCCCCUAUAGAAUUUUAAAGUGAUCACGUAUUUAAAAAAAAUUGGUGAGGUGAGGUAGCAAUUUUCCAAGCUCAAUACACUAAAACUAAUAAAAAUAGAGUAGCUUCUUUAUUAUGAACAACUCCGCCUAAAACACACUAGUCGUGAAAAAGACAAAAAAAAGAUAAAAUGUAUAAAAAUGUUACCAUUUACCUUGACUUUACUUAAUUGUUGCAGCUAUGUACAAAUCGUAUUAUUAAAACUAUGUUAAAUAGAUUAAAUGCAUUUCUUGUGUGAAAACAUUUUUGCAACUUGUUCCACGUUUUUUCUUUGUCAAAGUUGGUGCACCUGUUUGCGA